GCUCCCUCUCCCAGCAGUGACCCAUAUCCUCCGCGGCCCGGCACCAGCGCCAUGGCGUCCGUCAGCUCGUCCUCCACCUAUCGCUCGGAGCGGAUCAGCACCUACAGCCAGAACGCGCCCCCCGCCGAGCCCUGCUUCGAGCCCCGCGGGCGCUUUGGGGAGGAGGGGGACAGGAGCUCUCUGCACCACAGCCCCUUCGCCGCGCGGGCCCGGGACUCUUAUGGAUACACAGGGUCUCCGGGAUCUGUGCGCCCCUGCAGCCUGGGCAGCAACGUGCGAGCCGGGGACGACACGUACCAGGUGACGGCCGACGUGAGCCAGUUCGAGCCGCAGGACGUGGUGGUGACCACAUACAACUAUCACAUCAUCAUCCAGGCCGAGAAGGUGGCAGAGGAUGGCACCAUCUCCAACACGUUCACCCACAAGUGCCAGCUCCCCGAGGACAUGGACCCCCUGUCUGUCAGCUGUGCCCUCACCGACGCGGGCCUGCUGGUCAUCAAUGCCAAGCGCGGUGUGGCUGCCAAGGCGGGCGAGACGCCCCCGCCACUGUACCGCACCGAGGUCCAGCUGUGAAGCCCCUGGGCACAUCACCCGCCCCGCUCCACUCCCCCGCAACCUGACAUGAGCUGAGCAGCUGCCCCGCCACCCCGCCCUCCCCAGGGCUUCUGGGAGCUCACCCUGGCACAUGUGCGCUGCUAGUUGGCCACAUGUGUGUCGAGGGCGGGGGCAGCCUGGUGGGACAGGCUGGCUCAAUAAGGGGCCGUGCAGGCUGGGACCAUGCGCUCCAUGGGCCUGCCCGGCUCCAUGGCUGUGGCACGCACGCUGCUCCUGCCGUGCGAAGGGCUGCCCUGGGCCAGGCUGAGCUAGUCACUCACCCAAGCCCGUUGCACUGGGGGGGUCCCUGGGUGCCAUCCUGUGGGGGGCCUGUGCUACUAGCUCCCAGCACCUGGCUGGUGUCUCACCCUGGCUCAUGUUUGGAAUAAAGGUUUCUCCCACC